AUGACCUAUGAGACACUAAAAUGCUCUCACGAAACAUUUGUCGAGAAGUACUGGCCACCACUUCGCGAACGGAGCCGUUUCGAAGAAAUCAUUUCCGAACUAAAGAAUGAUGGAGUCCUCGUUCACAUACCAGAGGGAGAUGUGUGGCGGUUCAAAUGGUGUCCGAAUACACCCUCGGACGCAAGGCGGAGGUAUGAUCAACGCAAGCGAAGGGGGGAACGUGUUCCCGCUAAUCCUCCGGAUGAAAAAACACUCUUCGAUGGAAUUGGCGAUUUUGGCCUUGCCAUUCUCACAGUUUUGAAGCGCUUGGGUAUCAAAGUAAACUCCUCCCGCAUUGCGUCCUGUCCCGACACACAUCUCGAUUCCGAGAUCUGGGGCGCAAACUUCAGGAUCGACUCCUGUACCACAAAGGUGGAUUUCAAAGUUAAAGACGGGCGGCUCAUUCUCGGUGAGGGCAAGCGCCUCCAUGUCACAGACAUCCUUGUGCCCAUGGAGUUCAAGAUUUCCCGGAAGGAUCAACGUUCCAAUCGGUUACAAAUCGCUUCCGCUGCCAACCACAUAAUGAACGACGAUGUACGGCGAAUGUUUAUCCUUGGUAUAACCAUCGAGGACUCGCAGCUUUAUCCGCGUAACGUCACUCUUACCUUUUUCGCUGCGCCGAUUCUGAACUCUUUGCAGGAGCCGUAUCGCUUUGUGGAACUACUAGUGGCACUUUUCUGUGCCUCUGACAAGGAUCUCGGUUUAGAUCCUCACAUCGAACUCUUUGGCGAACCGGGAUCGAAGAAAUAUCUUUACGAACUUCCACCAAACGCCACCAGACCGGAAUCCCAAUAUUUCUUGACCGAAGCAAUUGUCGACGAGUACCGCUCCCACCGGAUCGCGGGACGUUCAACGCGGGUGUGGAAGGUCGUACAAGUAACCUCGAAGGAAGACUUGACCCCAAUACCCGGUGCAAAGCCAGUAAUCUUGAAAGACGCCUGGAUCAACGAGGACGCUGACACGGAGGAGGACAUUCAGGAGAAGCUAUUCCGUGACAUCGACACUUUCGUCGCUGGCGAUUGGCGGUCUAAUCCUUUAUUGAAACACUUCCCUGAACCCGCUCUGGAAGCCUUCGGCGAAGUCGUCAAGAACUACAGGGAUUACUUCUCUCCUAUCGCUCAGGGUCACUCGGGGAAAGCCAGCAAAUCAGUUGUGAGCGAUGCCAAUCCUGUCCCCCGUGACUUCUUCCUUGAGCCGGAGAAGAUGGAAAACCAGAAAUCCAACUCGUCUUCACGCACAGGUUCCGUGAACCCAUCCGUCUCCCAUCCCUCAGGUUCCCGCUCCUCGACCCUAACCGUACCCACUGCUACUGUCUCCGGAAGUAUGCACUCUGCCGCAUCUAACAGGGAACCACCUCGAAGGAAAUUCACGAGCAAACGUCGCUGUUUCUUCAUUUACCAGUACCUGUGCCAGCGCAUUAGCGAUCUCCCUACCCUUGCGGACGCAUUGGAAGUCCUUCGUCAGGCGCAUCUUGCCCUCAUGCUUAUGUUCUGUGCUCGUUGGAUCCAUCGUGACAUUAGUCAUGGUAACAUUCUGGCGUUCCAGAACGCUGAUGGCUCCUGGCGAGUCAAGGUGUCUGAUUUGGAGUAUGCCAAGAUGUUUCCGCCCCCAGACGGGUACCAGGCGGGCACAGACCCGAAGACGGGAACGCCCUUUUUCAUGGCUUAUGAGCUCCAAAAGGGCUUGUCACUUUAUUCGCCAGCCUCCAGUGGGGAGCCGCCACCGAUUGGAACGAGGUCCCCAAGUGGAUCCCGAGAAUACCCCGUUAUCCACAACUAUCAGCACGACGUGGAAUCUCUGUGGUGGAUGGCGCUCUGGCUCGUAAUGAUGCGGACCGAUCACCAGGAUUCUUACUACAUCGGCCUGAGAAUAUUCCAGGGCUCAUUGACCCCGUCGCCAGAGAGAGAGAUGUAUGUCCUCAAGGGCCUCCCUGAAGGCCUUCGACAACAACUGCACCCCUCUGCCCGCUGUCUUUUCGACCUGCUUCAAGAAUGGUUGACCCUGAUGUUUCUUGCCUACCAAAGACGAUCGCCAGCUCAACUUUCGGAUCCCGAGUCUUACGCCUACGGUUGUGCCACCCCGAUCCAGCUCUUCGCUCACCUCAAGGAACAUAUUCCCGCAUUGGCAACAAUCGAGCUCAAGGAUCCGUCGUGGAUGGAAGGUACCGAUAUCCCUGAUGCCGAAGCCUCCAAACCACGUCGAGUUCAACCGCCCCGCCGCUCCACGAGACUCGCCGACAAGUCCCGUAGCGGUAGCCAGAGCGGUGCCGGUAGCAGGAGUGCAGGUAGCCGGAGUGCUGACCGUGUCACCGCGGGCAGCAGGAGUGGAGGCACUAGGAGCGCCGACCGUGCCAGCGCAGGAAGUGGGAGUGCUGACCGUGUCACCACACGCAGCAGGAGUGCAGGCAGCAGUAGCGCUGACCGCGCCACCACAGGCAGUAGUAGGAGUGCAGAACAGAACAGCAGUCGCCACAGGAGUGCGAAUCCGCGCAGCACCGGUAGCAGGAGCAACACUCGGAUCCAUUCCAUUCCUGAAGAGUGA